CCUGCCUAGCUUCCUAUUUUCUAAGAUGGCGCUGACCAGAGGCUGUUUUAGGUUUCGCGGACUGAGAGGCUGUUGUUUUCCGGAGUUUUUACACUAUCCGACGGUCUAUGUAUCCCAAUGGCCCAGUUCCACAACCGAAAGACAGAUACAAGCACGAAGGAUAGUCAAUACGCUUACUGGUCACCCGUUGUCACAAUUUUUUACAACAGCGAAGAGGAGUACCAUCAUCUCAAAGGCCAAACGUUUGAAUGCAAAAUAUGAACAAUUUCUGGAAAGAAACUUUCCACGUUUUUAUGUGAUCUACUCAACCUUUUUCAGAGGUUUCCGUUUAUUGUUUCUUGACUUUAAGGAAGUCAGUGGAAUAAAACGUAAGAUGGCUGAUCAGGGGCUAAAGUACAGCCAGCUGCACUACAGAGAGAUGGAAAAAUUAAGGCAGUUUCGCAGAGAUAUUAUAAAGGUGAUACCUGUAGUGCUGCUAUCACUUCCACCAUUUGCAAACUAUAUGGUGUUUGUAUUGAUGUAUUUCUUUCCACGGCAGUUGUUAAUAAGACACUUCUGGACCCUUGAACAGCAGAAGGAGUUCAUGGAAAUCUACCACUCCUUGCGGGCUCAGGUUUACCCAAAUGCUGUGAAGAAUUUGAUCAAAGCAGUGUCAAAAGUUCCAGACAAAAGACUGAAAAACCAACUAUUACAACUUGGCACGAAAGUUCAGGAAGGUAUCCACCCAGAAAUCUCCCAGCUGUAUUUGGUGGCAAAGCUGUUCUCGGGCCGUCCGUUAGAAAUACGAUACGUUAAUGCACGCCAGAUGAAAAUCUUGAGCCAGGUGAUGUUCCUCACUCCACACUUGCCUACCUUCAUCAUGCGCCGUCGCCUCCGGAGCCAUAUAAUGGAGAUUCAUCAUUUGGACCAAGCUCUCAAUAUCUUGGGUGUUCAAAACCUGUCAGAGGAUGAACUGAGGAUUGCAUGUUAUGUAAGAGGCUUGAACUCAGUGCAACUGAACGCAGCAGAGUGUAAAGAAUGGUUAACCAAAUGGGUCCAGCUUUCUAAGAAGUUAAAAGAUUCUGAAGCCUCGCUGCUGUUACAUAGCAUGGUGUUACUUUCCACAAAUUACCACAAUUCCAGAAAAAGCAAGUAAGCCUUAGACGGGCAGUUCCAGUUUUGCAUUUAUGUUUACCUAAGACAUCUAUGUUGUGUUGACAACAUGUUAUUCCUACAUUACUGAAAGAAUGAGACUCCAGAAUUCAAAAGCUUGUCAUAUGGUGUAAUGAUUGUGUUUGGAGGCAGAUUUCCCCUAAUGAAAUUCAAUGCAUUUAUCUGAGUGAGAAAGAAAAAUGUGUAUUUUGUUUACUUAAAAGCACAUACAUGAAUUAAUUUAAAAGAAAUGUUUUUGGACCAAUACUUUUAGCUUACUGCAGUGGGAGAUCAUUUUUGAUAUGUUUGCAGUCAAGUCACAUGCAAAUGUUUGGUUAUUGGAAGAUUUGACCAGUAAUAGCAAAGGGACACUUAAAAUUGUUGUUAAAAUAAGAGGUUAAUAUAAUUUGUUAUAACUUGUGUGCAAAUGCCUUAGCAACUUCAGACAAGGCCAAAUGUGUGAUCAAAUGUAGCAAUCAAUCAAUGUUGCUGUCAAAGAUGCACUGCUCCUCCCUUAGCUUUACGGUAAAGGCAUGUCACUGUCUGGCUCAUUAUUCAAAUGCUUUGAGUGGUAUGAAGCUUGGACGAUAUAAACAGCAUCUUUUUAAACAAAAAUUCACUGAAUACUUUAUCAAAUUUCCCCCAUUUCACUUUUCACAAUGCAGCUAUUGUUUUGCAGUUGAAAUAAAGAGGGGAAAUGGAAAAUUCACUUUUUACAUAGCAGAUGGAACUCAGGACUCAGGCCUAUGAUUCACUCUCAAUGCUAAAAAUAUUCAGGUCAAUAACACCAAGACUAAUGCAAAAUAUUGUAGAUGCUGGAAAUCUGAAAUAAAACCAAAUUCUGAAAACACUCAAAAGCGUUAGAAUGAGAAAUAGAGUUAACGUUUCAGAUGAAUGCCUUUUUGUCAGAACUCUGCUAGCCAAACACAUUGAAGAACUUGAUGUCAAGCGGGGCUAGAUUUCCUUUUUAAACGCAUUCAUGGCACUCUGAUAUUUCAUUAAUAGCCAUAUAAAUUGGUGUUAAUGCAUUUUUUUGGAGAGUUUUGCAUUUGCUUAAUGCUUUUUAAGCUUGUAGCUAUCUGUAUAAUCAAACAGAAUGUCAUGCCUUUGACAAAACUGCUGGCACAGUUUACUGACGAAUUGUUAUGAGACACUGAUCUGAAUAUUUAUCUCAACUCAAAGGACAGAGGUGAUGUUUACUUAAUUAUCUACACUCUGAUGCCCGUGUUAAUUCCUCUACCACUAAUCAGCAACACGAGUGAAUCCAAAUUAGUGAUAUCCUCUAUCCUGUCAUACUUGAAGUAUUGCUGCCCACAAAACACCCAUAUUGUUUUGAUUUUAUCUUGUUUUUUUAAGUACCAUUAGUUCCAGUUUCUCUUUCACACUGCUCUGUGAUGUAGUUUCACCACACUGGCACACUGUCAUCUGAAGAGUGAGUUUUGCUAUUCAAAAUAUAUGGUUGCUUCAUGACACUAAAGUAGAAGCACUGAUGCCAAGAAUCCAAUAGAAGGAGUUCACCAGAGCUUGUAUGGUGUACAGGGUCAUUUUUUUCUUAAAUUCAGAAUUCUGACUCUGUUAUACUGUAGAAUCCUGGAUAAUUGUUGCUGUUUUCCCAACUCAAAUUAGGUUUACUUCUCCUAAUUUUACCUCAAUCUUUAUACUGUAAUGCUGUGACGUGUGUUUAGAGUACCUCAAGUACUGAUGAGUGGAGCUUGAAAUAUUUCUUUCAAAAUUUGGACAAAAGAUGAUAUAGGUGAUUUUCAUCUUAAGCAUCCAGCCAGUGGCUGAACGGAUUGCCCUGCAAAACGUCUAUCCAAUUGCGAGUGAAGAUGAAAAGAACCUUCCUACCUCUGUCCUUUCCAAAUAAGAGAAGCAAGUUAGUACCUGAAACUGUGCCAUUUAUUAACACAAAUGAACAACUUGAAUAGUUUUGUGAAUUUCGAGUUUAGAUUUCCCAAAUAGUGGACAUGAACUAACGUUACUCCUGCAUGCCUAAGCAGGCAUUUGAAUGAAUAGCACCUACAUUGCACUGAUAACCUGUCUGUAUGUUCCACUACUACUGAAUGAUUGAUUGUUUCUUUGAAAUUGCACAUUGCAUAAGACAUUUGGAAAAAAGUUUACUUUUAGUUUUUUUAACGUAAAGAUGGAUGCCUUCAUUUCAUAAGUAUUUUUAUUCAAAGAUGUACUGUGAAUGGAUAUGUGUUUGGAGUGCUAAUGAGAAUUGUGUGUAAAUUGGGCUCGAUUUUCGCUAAUUUCAAUGUUUUAAAAAUUAAAACUCCUGGUAUGUCAAUAAAACUAUUUUGUAUUC